UUGCCGCUCUCCUGGGCCGGUCGAGGCUCUGGGCGGCUGUUGACGUCAGUUCCGCCCCUCCCCCAUUUCUGUGAGCCGGGCUGGAGGCGGAGUCGGCGUCGGUUCCUGCUGGGGCUGUGAGUGUCCCCGACCCGCGUCGCCUAACCCGCCCUCUUCCUCCCCAUCCCGGGCGGGGGGAUUUGAAUUGACGCCGGGUCCCGCGGCGGAGCCUGCGCUACUAUAAUUGAUGCAAAAUGAGUGUUCCUGACUACAUGCAGUGUGCUGAGGACCAUCAAACUCUCCUGGUUGUGGUCCAGCCAAUUGGGAUUGUCCCUGAAGAAAACUUUUUUAGGAUCUACAAACGAAUUUCAACCGUGAGUCAGAUUAAUGUUCGUGACUCCCAGCGUGUGCUAUAUAUCCGCUAUAGACAUCACUACCCUCCGGAAAACAAUGAAUGGGGGGAUUUUCAGACUCAUCGGAAAGUUGUGGGGCUCAUAAUCAUAACAGACUGUUCCUCUGCAAAGGAUUGGCCUCAAACUUUUGAAAAAUUCCACCUUCAGAAGGAAAUAUAUGGUUCUACACUCUAUGAUUCCCGAUUGUUUGUCUUUGGGCUUCAAGGAGAGGUUGCAGAGCAGCCCCGCACAGAUGUGGCAUUUUACCCUAGUUACAAUGAGUGUGAAACUGUGGAGAAGAGAAUAGAAGAUUUUAUUGAAUCUCUCUUCAUUGUACUGGAAUCCAAACGUCUUGACAGGGCCACUGAUAAAUCUGGUGACAAGAUUCCACUUCUGUGUGUCCCUUUUGAAAAAAAGGACUUUGUAGGUCUGGACACUGAUAGUAGACAUUAUAAGAAACGUUGUCAAGGUCGGAUGCGGAAACAUGUUGGUGAUCUGUGUCUACAAGCUGGGAUGUUACAAGAUUCCUUGGUACAUUAUCAUAUGGCUGUGGAAUUUCUGCGGUCUGUGAAUGACUUUUUGUGGCUUGGAGCUGCUCUUGAAGGUUUAUGCUCAGCAUCAGUUAUCUAUCACUACCCUGGUGGCACAGGAGGGAAAGCUGGGGCUCGUAGGGCACAAGGUACUUCUCUUCCUGCUGAGGCAGGCAACAGACACAGACCAGGGGCACAAGAAGUUCUCAUUGACCCAGGUGCCCUUACUUCAAAUGGUAUAAAUGCAGAUACCAGUGCUGAAAUAGGACGUGCCAAGAACUGUCUUGGCCCUGAAGACAUCAUAGAUAAAUAUAAAGAGGCCAUUUCUUACUACAGCAAGUAUAAAAAUGCUGGUGUGAUUGAGCUGGAAGCCUGUGUGAAGGCAGUGAGAGUCCUGGCAAUUCAGAAAAGAAGCAUGGAAGCUUCAGAGUUUCUUCAGAAUGCAGUUUAUAUCAACCUUCGUCAGCUUUCUGAAGAAGAAAAAAUCCAGCGUUACAGCAUUCUCUCUGAAUUGUAUGAACGUAUUGGAUUUCACCGAAAGUCUGCGUUCUUCAAGCGUGUAGCAGCAAUGCAAUGUGUAGCACCCAGCAUAUCAGAGCCGGGUUGGCGGGCCUGCUACAAACUGCUUUUGGAGACACUUCCUGGUUACAGUCUGUCUCUGGAUCCGAAGGACUUCAGCAAAGGAACUCAUAAAGGAUGGGCUGCAGUGCAAAUGCGUUUGCUUCAUGAGUUAGUGUAUGCUUCAAGAAGAAUGGGAAAUCCUGCUCUUUCUGUCCGACACUUGUCCUUCCUUCUCCAAACCAUGCUGGAUUUUCUCUCUGAUCAAGAAAAGAAAGAUGUAACACAAAGCUUAGAAAACUACACAUCAAAAUGUCCUGGCACGAUGGAGUUCAUCACACUUCCAGAAGGUUUGAGGUUACCCCCUGUGCCAUUCACUAAGCUGCCUAUUGUAAGAUCUGUGAAACUCUUGAAUCUCCCCAUCAGUCUUCGGCCACAGAAAAUGAAAAGUUUGUUGGGUCAGAACAUGUCAACCAAAAGUCCCUUCAUAUACUCUCCAAUUAUUCCACACAAUCGUGGAGAAGAGCGAAGUAAGAAAAUAGACUUCCAGUGGGUCCAAGGAGAUGUAUGUGAAGUUCAGCUGAUGGUGUACAAUCCUAUGCCUUUUGAACUCAGAGUAGAAAACAUGGGUCUCCUGACAACUGGAGUAGAAUUUGAAUCUCUCCCUGCAGCUCUUUCUCUACCUGCUGAAUCUGGCCUCUACCCAGUAACCCUCGUUGGUGUUCCUCAGACUACUGGGCAGAUCACUAUCAAUGGUUAUCAUACUUCAGUCUUUGGAGUCUUCAGUGAUUGUCUUCUGGAUAAUCUGCCAGGAUUAAAGACGAAUGGCUGUGCAGUAGAAGUCAUUCCAGCUUUGCCAAGGCUGCAGAUCAGUACCUCUCUACCAAGGUCUGCUCACACAUUGCAGCCUUCCUCAGGGGAUGAAAUUUCCACCAGUGUAUCUGUCCAACUUUACAAUGGAGAGACCCAGCAACUUGUCAUUAAAUUAGAAAAUAUUGGAACAGAACCUCUGGAGAAACUAGAGGUCACAGCAAAAACAGUCAACUCAAAAGAAAAGCUGUAUGGUGAGUUCCUGAGUUGGAAACUAGAAGACAUUCUCUCCCAGUUUCCCCUAAAACCUGGGAAGAUUGCAACCUUUAAUGUAAACAUUAAAGUGAAGCUAGACUUCUCCUGUCAAGAAAACCUUCUGCAAGACCUCAGUGAUGAUGGAAUAAGUAUUAGUGGACUUCCGCUUUCCAGUCCUUUUCGACAGAUUGUCAAACCACGAGUAGAGAGCAAACCUAUCAACCCGACUGAAAGCAACAAAGUUGGUGACUUCAGUCAUGUAAAGACACUGGAAGCCAUUUUGAAUUUCAAAUACUCUGGGGGACCAGGACACUCCGAUGGCUAUUACAGGAACCUCUCUCUGGGCCUUCAUGUGGAAGUGGAGCCAUCUGUCUUCUUUACACACAUUAGUACCCUUCCUGCAACAAGCACCCGACAAUGCCAUUUACUCCUUGAUGUCUUCAAUUCAACUGAACAGGAGCUGACUGUUAGUGCUAAAAACAAUGAAGACCUAGUUCUGCAUGCGGGGGAAUGUCAGCGUAUGGCUAUCCAGGUUGACAAGUUUAAUUUCGAGAGUUUCCCAGAUUCCCCUGGUGAAAGGAUACAGUUUGCAAACCCAAAGCAACUGGAAGAAGAGAGACAGCAGGCAAAAGGGCUGGAGAUCAACAGCAAGUUAGACGUUUGCUGGAAAAUUCCUUCUUUGAAGCGUGAAGGGGAAGCAAGUGUAGAAGGAGUUCUUAAUCAACUGGUCCUAGAGCAUCUACAGUUGGCUCCUCUCCAGUGGGAAUUACAACAGCAUUGGUGAUAUGGUCAGUAGAAAAGGAAAUCUAGAAUAUCGCUGAGAGAAAUUCAAGAACAACUCAUCUACACUGAAAAAGAUCAAUGUCUGAUAGAAAGAUUAAGAGGCUGCAGUUGGGAAACAACCUUGAUUUUGUAUGAAUUCUGUUGCGUAUCCUGAGCUUGCUACCCUGCCCCCCACUUCCUCCUUUUAACAAACUACGUGAGAUGCAAGAGAAGUGGAAAAAGCUUUUAAGUAUCCUAACAGCCUGAGAGGUGAUGGGAUAGUCUGGCAACAGCAAACAAGCAAGAAGCGGGGUGUUUUAGCUCCUGAGAAAUAUCAAGAGACUAGGAUAGUGCACUGAGAAAGGAACUAACUUGACAAAACUAGGACAUUUGGCACAUUUUAAAAAUGUUUUUUCAGGUAUCAACAAAUGCCUCUGACAUACUUUGGAUCAGCUGAUUGUUCUAAUUCUUAUUGAAGUUUUACUUCCUAAUGUUUUUGUGAUGAUGAGCAAAUGAUGAAUUUGAAUUUCAACUAAUAUUUGUUCCAUAUUAACUCAAAUAACUCAACUUAUUAAAAUAAAUGUCAUGCAAAAUCUUAGGCUUAGAAUUUACUAAUGUCAGUUUACUUAUUUAAUAAAAUAUUGCUUAAAACAAGGUAAUUCAUAUGAGAGAAAUGAGCGGCAUUAUAGGAGAGGAGAGAAAGGUGAACAAUUAAAUGACUAAAGUAGAAAUGCUAAACAUUUUUUAUGAAUUGUUAAGGGUUCAUACAAUAGAGAACAAAUGUGAUGAUAGGAAUAACCAGGAAAAUGGAUUGGAGUUAAAAAUAUUAUAUCAACACAUACUUUAUUGAGAGGAUCUGAAUUGGAAUCCUCUCUGUGCUUUCAGGUGUCGCUUAGCUCAUUCACAAGGCUCUGCUUUUCCUGUUUGUCAUGUGGUUUGCUGGAAUAGCUGCCUUCUUGUGUUUCUAUAACUUAAAAUUUUUACAAGGAUAGGCUGUUGACUUGUCUUUCAACCCCCAAUCUGGAGGGCCCGUGUGUUGCUUUUCACUUUGAUCUGUUCAACUUGGGUGGCUCUAUCAGUAGUUAAAACUCCUGCUAGUAUAGCUCUCAACAUCAUUGGAACAUGCAAGCCUUCCCACCGUGUCAAGGUGCAGCCACUAUAGAAAGUUUAUAGAGAGGAUGAGCAAAAUAAAAGUUGGUUUUUGUGGCGCAGUUUGUGAUGGAUAAUACUGAGUAUAUAGAGAAAAGUGAUAUGAAUAUUUUGGCUGACACAGCAGAGGCUGUGUGGAUAGAAAUUAAGAACAAUAAAACUGAGUAUAUGAUUCCUGGAAGAUACUUAGCUCAUGGGCAGCUUGGAAAAGUAGAUCAGGAAAUGUAUUUAUAGAUAUGAGAGUCCAGCCAGAAACUUUGAUUACAGCAGAUUUUAAUUACUUAGCAGUUAGAUAGAAUAUACUAAUAGCUAUGCAAAAACUCAGAAGUGAACAAUAUUCAUAACUGUACUGCAGGAAUGCUUUGAAUAGCCUAUUUCCAAAAUGAUAUUUUGAGCCAAUUUUAGGCAUUGAACCAAAGUGGGAUCCUCUGUUCUGGACUGAAAUUGGUGAGCUUUUCCUCUCAGACCCCCAUUUCGAAGUGUUGUUUUUCUCUAGGGGUGUUUUUUUUUUUUUUGUACUGACUUGUGCUCUUGGGCAUGAUCUUACAUCCAUUGAAGUCAAGGCAAAUCUUUCCCUUAACUUCACUAGGCUAUUCAUUAUGCUGUUGGUGCAGUACUAUAAAUGAUGAUUCCUUGUUCAGGUUGAGUGUCCUUUAUAUGUAUAUCCUUCCAAAAUUACAAAUAUAUGGAAAUGGGAGGAGGGGGGAAUAAGGCUGCAGUGGCCAGUUUUUUUUAGUUAUUUGGUGGAUGGAAGUACUUCCACACCUUUCUGUUUAGUUUUUUGGCUGUGUUACACUUCACAAUUUCAACUGGCAAUAAUUAUAAUGUUCCUACUUGGGGAGAUUGGGCAACCCAGACCCAUACCCAAAUGCAGUUUGAAAGUUUUAGACUUUUAUCAGUUUAUAUUGAGAUUGUUUCCUUUCUUUUACACAGGCCAAACUUUUCUAAUAGGUAUCACAAAUAAUCCACUUUUCUCUGUCAAAUGCUUUUUCGGCAGCUAAUGACAGAAGAGUAAAUAAUGGCUCAGGCUAAUUUUCUAGUUCCUUAAUUUGGGUAGUAAUCCCUGAAAAUGAUAAACUUUUGAGUAAUAUUUGUAGGAUAUAAUUAAGUUUUUUGAAACUGAGGACAAAGCAUCUUGGAGUUUCUUCGGUUGGUUAUUGUGACAGGGAAGAUAGUGACACUGAACCAAAAUUUAGCUAUGACACAGAAUUCAUACCACCUGCUGAAUUUGAUGGGAAUUGUGCCUGUCAAAUUGGGCCUGGUCCAUGAUCACCACAAAUACUUUGGAAAUCAGACAAUUCUUGACAAAGAUUCUUAGGGUGAGUUGGUUCAAUUUUAAACUUCAGGCAUCCGCUUUCCACAGAAUUCUGCUGCCUUGGCAAAAAUAACAGAAACAUGGAACUGAUUUAAAAACAAGAAAUCCAUCUGGAUCUGUCUUGUGAUAACUAAAUUAAUGGUACCCCAACAUUGGAAGCCUGAAAAACUAUCAACAAUAAGAAAAUGAAGCAUAACAGAAGCAGCCUUUGUAUGAGUAAUUCAGUGUACACAUUCAUAACAUCAAAUAUACGUAUAUGAGUAUUUGCUAACCAUUAUAUAGGAACACUGACAGCUAAUUAUGUAUUUUUCUGUUCAAUGUUUUCUAUCUUUUCUUCUAGUUGUUCUUUCCUUUCCCUGUUUCUUUCUUUCUCUCUGCCUUUUUAAAUCCUUGGAUAAAACUGGAAUGUAGCAAAGUAUUUUUCUGUAAGUUUUGUUUUAUAUUUGCCUCCUAUUCAGACUGUCUUGUUUUUCUUUUUAUUGAACUAUCAUUAAAAUAAAUACA